AGGUCCGUGUAUAUCUUGUGUACAAGCUUCCUCUUCGGGUAUGGCAAAUAACCCACAGAGCGGGGGUUUAGAAAUGGUGGAGUUACAGACACUGCAGUUCCCGGGUGCUGAAGUCCGUGAGCUCGUUCUCGCUGCACGGGAAGGAGGGCGGGGUCUCGUAGCAUCAUCGCUCUCGAUUCAUUGUAAGGCUGCUGAUGCUGAUCAGCAGCGGAGGAAAAACCAAGGGCCAUGGAGACGGGUAUAAAAACCUUAGGCCUUAAUACAUUGUGGAGAUUAAUUACACGCUCUUCUGUCUACUAAGAUCAUGAGGAAGAGGAAGAACUGGAAACCACAGGAGGGCCUCUGUUUGUUUCUAUGAAGUCUCAAUGAAAGCAUUGGAGCAGCUGUAAUAUUUGACUCAAUGGCAAAGAAGGGACGCACCAAGGGCGAGAAGCCCGAAGCGCUCAUCUCUGCUUUACAGGCAGCUAACGAAGAUCUCAGGUCCAAACUGACUGACAUUCAAAUAGAACUUCAUCAAGAGAAAUGCAAGGUGAGUAAGUUGGAGCGUGAGAAGGUGCAGGAGUGCAAGCGCAUCCGGGAGCAGGAGCAGCACCGGCACACGGCCACGCUGACAGAGCAGCGAGCCAAAUGGCACGAGGAGAAGCAGAAGGAGCUCCAGGCGCUCAGAGAGAACCUGGUCCGCCAGCAUGAGCAGGAGCAGGCCCGCACCGCCAAGAUCAAGGACCAGGAGAACCAGCGGCUCAAGGCGGCGCUGAGCGCCAUGCGUGACGGCAGCGGAGAGAAGGUGCGCACAGCAUUGACCCUGGAGGCCAAAGAAGAGGCGCGGCGCUUCUUCGACGUGGAGAGGGUCAAGCUGCUGCAGGAGAUCUCCGAGCUCAAGCAGACCAAGAAGCAGACAGACGAGGCGCUCAGCACCAUGAUCCAAGCAGAUAAGAUGAAGGCUGGGGACCUGCGCUCCGAGCACCAGAUUCACCAAGAGCAGAUUUCCAAGAUCAAGUGGGACAGCGAGAGGGACAUCCGCAGACUGGUGGAUGAGAUCAAGUCUAAAGAGCGCACCAUCUUCUCACUGGAGAAGGAGUUGGAGAAUGCCAUUGGCUUGCUGCAGAAGCUGCAGAUGCAGAAGGAUGCCCUGGACGACCAGCUGUUCCUGGUCAAGGAGGCAGAGUGUAACCUGGGCAGCCCCAAGAGAGAGAUCCCUGGACGGGCUGGGGACGGGGCAGAACACUGUGGCAGCCCGGUACGACAUAGAAAGGCAGAGGGGAACUUGGAAAUGGACAUGCGCAGGAACCAGAGGCGCAUGGCUGACCUCAACUCCACCAUCCGCAAGCUGGAGGACCGCAACUCACUGCUGGUGGAUGAGAGGAAUGAACUGCUGAAGCGUGUGCGGGAGUCUGAGAAGCAGUGCAAGCCCAUGCUGGAAAAGAACAAGGUGCUGAAUAAGAGGAAUGAUGACCUCAGCCAGACCCUGCAGCGCAUGGAAGAGAAACUCAAAGGCCUGGCCAAGGAGAACCUGGAGAUGAAGGAGAAGAUCAGCUCCCACCUGCCAUUGAAGAAAGCCAACUGUAAGUCUCUGAAUGAUCUGGACCAGGCGCAUGAUGACCAGGAGAUUGAGUUCCUCAAGCUGCAGGUGCUGGAGCAACAAAGCAUGAUCGACGAGCUGACAAGAGAUAGGGAAAAACUAUUGCGGAAAAAGAGGCAUAAACGAAGCAACAGACCAAUAAAGAGACACAUUGUAGUGGACACCUUCUUUGGAUACGAUGAGGAAUCCAUGGACUCAGAGACGUCCUCCGUGGCUUCGUUUCGCAUGGACCGCACUCCAGCCACUCCUGAUGAAGACCUGGAUGAGGGACUGGUCAAUGAGGAGUCGGAGCUGCGCUUCAGGCAGCUGACCAGAGAGUACCAGGCCUUACAGAGGGCAUAUGCCCUGCUGCAGGAACAUCAAGGGGGCCUUCUGGACGCUGAGAUAGAAGCUAAGGCUCAGGAGCAGCUACAUGCAGACAUUCUCAGGUACAAGGCCAAGAUAGAAGACCUGGAGAAGGAGCUCGCCCACAAAGGACAGGACUCCAAGUGGGUAGAGGAGAAACAGCUGUUCUUCAGGAGGAAUCAGGAGCUGCUGGAAAAGGUGGAGAAGUUAGAUGCAAAAUGUGGUCGACAGCAACAGGAGCUGCAAGACUCCAAGGACCAGAAUGAGCUCUUGGAAUUCAGAAUACUGGAACUAGAGGAGCGUGAGCGAAAGUCCCCUCCGUUUAAUCAUCUCCGCAUGCAUCCGUUCUCCGAGGGUGUCAGCGCCCUACAGAUCUACUGUAUGAAGGAAGGAGUGAAGGAUGUCUGUGUACCUGACCUGAUCAAGCUCCUAGACAUUCUGGGUGAUAAUGGGAACUUGCGAAAUGAGGAGCAAGUGGCCAUUAUUCAAGCUAGCACUGUCCUCUCUCUUGCUGAAAAGUGGAUACAACAGAUUGAGGGAACAGAGGCAGCGCUGCACCAGAAGAUGAUUGACCUGGAGCUCGAGAUGGAGAUGUUCUGUAAGCAGAAAGGCUAUCUGGAGGAGGAGCUGGACUACAGGAAGUCAGCCCUGGAUCAGGCCUACACGCAAAUCCAGGAGCUGGAGGCUACUCUCUACAACGCGCUGCAACAGGACAAGGUGAUCGGGUACGGCGAGCCUCUGAGUGACAUGCAGAAGGACGAGCUACGUACGUCUGUGGAGAAGCUACGCAGACAGAUGCUAAGGAAGAGCAGAGAGUUCGACUGUCAGGUUCUGGCUGAGAGGAUGGAGCUGCUCCACCAGGCCCAUCAGAGAAUCCGAGACCUGGAGGAUAAGACAGACAUUCAGAGGAGACAAAUUAAGGAUCUGGAGGAGAAGACAGCGUGGAAACCUGGAGAUUGUGUUUGUGACUGCAGUGGGUUUUAUUUUGGGGAGAAGAGAGUCGACUUUGUGACUCAUAUUGUAACAGUGAGUGGAUAUGGAACUGUUGUGUGUUGGACAUGGCUGGGAAUUCACACCUGUUUGAUUUGGGACCUCACUCUGGGGAUAUACAUAAUGUAUGCUGCACUGCACUGGACUGAUCCUUGGACCAUGGAACUUCUCUCAACUCCGUGGGAUAACUGGAACAGAACCCUCAGUCGGAAAACACACACACACACACACCCGUGUAAACAGUCAUAUACACUGUACACGCUGAUACAAACAUACUGGAAACACACACACACACACGCAUGCACACACACACACAUCAACCCACUUUUAAAGACAAAGGAAACCAAAGUCUAGGAGAUCUUAUCUCUGCCAUGCAGGGGAACGCUACACCAUCCAUCUACUCCAAGACUACACCCUGGCUACAUACCGGCUACCCCCAGACUACCCCCAGAGUACCCCCCGACUACCCCCAGAGUACCCCCAGACUAACCCCAGACUACCCCCAGAGUACCCCCGACUACCCUAGCCUACCUCCAGAGUACCCCGACUACCCCAGACUACCCCCAGAGUACCCCCAGACCACCCCCUUGACUACCCCCAGAGUACCCCCCGACUACACACAGAAGAGGACAGGAAAGACUGCUGUAGGCUACAUCAACAGGCCUCACCAGACCACAGUCCUUCCAACUCUCUCCCUCUUCUCUCUCUCUUAUAAACCUGAUCGGGCGCUCUUAUGUGUGAAUGCACCCCUUCACAGGAGUGACGAGACAUGAUCAGGGCCUGUGAGUGGUGACUGACUGAUCUGAUGGUGACUGAAUGACUGAUCUGAUGGUGACUGACUGACUGACUGUUCUGAUGGGGACUGACUGACUGUUCUGAUGGGGACUGACUGACUGUUCUGAUGGGGACUGACUGUUCUGAUGGGGACGGACUGACUGUUCUGAUGGUGACUGACUGUUCUGAUGGGGACUGACUGACUGUUCUGAUGGGGACUGACUGACUGUUCUGAUGGGGACUGACUGACUGUUCUGAUGGGGACUGACGGACUGUUCUGAUGGUGACUGACUGUUCUGAUGGGGACUGACUGACUGUUCUGAUGGUGACUCUUCUGAUGGUGACUGACUGACUGUUCUGAUGGUGACUGUUCUGAUGGGGACUGACUGUUCUGAUGGGGACUGACUGACUGUUCUGAUGGUGACUGACAGACUGACUGUUCUGAUGGUGACUGUCUGAUCUGAUGGUGACCCACUGACUGUUCUGAUUGGGAUGGACUGUUCUGAUUGUGACUGACUGAUCUGAUGGUUACUGACUGACUGUUCUGUGACCAGGAGACACAGGACAUGGGACACCCAGGAUAAUGUGUCUCCUCUGGUCUCAGACCAGCUGAAACAGCUCAGGUGAUGGCAGAGAUAGAGAAGUACGGGAGAGAGGAUCCACUAUGUGCUCACACACGGACCCACAAGAUAUCCUUUUCAACAGAAGACCAAGGAUUCUGUUUGUAGACUUUAACUGUCAUUUUUUAAACCAGCAGACAGAAUGGAAUUAGGUCUCUGGUUCUACUUCCUUUCCUUUUUUAAUAAACCAAAAGUCCCAGUCGAUCCCCAUGUACCAAGAUUUCCACAGAGAAAAAAGAAGCCCCUCUAUAUGGCUGUGUAAUAUAUAGAUUUGUUGAUAUGUACAUGUGUCUUGAUGAUUUCUGUAGUCUCUUUUCUUCUUUCUGUGAAUAUGACCUCUUUCUCCUCUGCAGCUUGAACAGUAGAACUACUCAGCCGUUUCUAAAUACUCCAACGUAUGAAACACUCUGUUUAUUGUGGUGACAGCUGCAAAGCAACUUUACUUCCUCAAUUGUACUGAACUUAAAAUAAUUGGAAUAUCGAUAUUUUCCUCCACUCUUUUUCCUUUCACAUUCCCUCUCUUUUGUACUCUUUCAAGAUGGUCAAUUGUAGCCUACCAGCAGGAGUUUCAUGGUUUAUACUGAAUGACGAUUACCACUCCCUUUAAAUGAACAGUAAACACUACGUCCCAGCUACCUACCUGCAUCCUAAACAGCUUUGGCUGAUUCUGGUCAUUGUCUUCUCAGCAAAUCGAUCAGGAAUACUGUAAAACGAAAAGGAAUACUGUACCUCUUUCAGCAAUGACAUGCCUUUUAGCUCUACUGUAUUUGACUAACACCUCUUUCAGCACCAUGGACACCACAGGGGUUGGUUCUAACCUUCCUAACCCACCAUCCCCAUCUCCCAACUGAAAUAGGAGAAAGUUGACGAAAUGUCUACCUGCUGGUUCUGCUUCUCUCCUUUCACCCUGACUAUGUCCUGGUCUUGCAAUAUUAACUACAUGUCCCUGUCCAACCCCUCACCCACCCACGCUAGCUCCCCCACCCGGCCCUAUUUAGCGGCCUAGGAACCCAAAGCAUCCCAUUACAUACCUGUACAUGUCCCUCUUCUCUUACAUUACACUGUAGGAGAAUGAUUGACACGAUUUUGGAACAAACUCAGCCAACUAGCGAUUGCCUUAAAUGCGCUUUCCCCAUCAAUUUGUAAGUUAUUUUUAAUGAUUAUGUUUUUGAUCAGUUAGUAUGAUUCUGUAAUGUUGUACAUUUCUUUUCACCGAGGACAUUGAUUUGUAUAUCUUUACCCUCCUGUCUUCCAAUGAGAAUUUAACCCCCUCCUCUUCUUUCAAGUAUAUUAAACAAACAAAAAGGGAUAAUGAUGAAAAUAAAAGUUCAUGGCUUGCA